AGCCUAUCAGUCUCAUAGCAGCUGCAAUUACUACAUUUACCCCUAUGCAUUGGUGUGAAAUUCAAACAAAAUAGCAGCAAAGAAGAGGAGGAUAUUCUGCUAAGUGCCGCUAGUAUUUCUCUCUUUGUUUCCUCUAAGACUAGUAGAUAUUUCUUUGGUGUUUUAUACCUCAGUGCGUAGGCUGUACGGAGCUUCUUGAUAUGUGGAGGUUAUUGCAUCACCCUCAAACCGACCUCAAGUACCAGCAGAGGAAAUCAGAAAGAGGAAGACUUAACAUACCACAGCGUUAGAGGUGAACACGCUGUAUAUGAGUUAGAAACAUUUUCCACAGAUAAUUAUUUAAAAUGAACUCAAUGAAUUUUUAAGAGCAUACAUCAGAUGGAAAGUCUAAAUAAAGUGGUUGUGGCAUGAAAAAAAAAGCCUUGUCUAUAAGCCCUGAGUGGAGUCCCCUGAUCAAGAUUGCUUUCCAUGAGCCACAAAUUGAAGCAAAUCUACUGAAGAAAAUCUAAGAAAUGUUCUGGUGUAUCGUAUUCCUGUUGAUAUCAACUGAAAUCAUCACUUCCAAAUUUGCUGCCUCGGUUGAAGUAUGCAUUAAGAUAAAAGCAAACACCUGCCAGGAAUGUAUCCAGUCGGGUCCACACUGUUCCUGGUGCAAGAAAGUGAAUUUCACCAAAGCAGGGGAGGCCGACUCAGUACGAUGUGACACCACUGAGAAACUUCUUAAUCUAGGAUGUGAUUUGAGAAAUAUUAUUGACCCUAAGAGUGAAGUUCGGGAUAAGGACGAUCAACCUCUGGAUGACAUUGUACAGAUUACGCCAAAACAAGUUGACCUGCAAUUGCGACCAGGUGAGACUGGAGAGUUUGAAGUGAAAUUUAGAAGAGCAGAAGGUUAUCCAGUUGACCUCUACUACCUCAUGGACCUUUCCUACUCAAUGUUGGAUGAUCUUGAGAAUGUGAAGAAGCUAGGAAACCAGAUACUUACUGCUUUGAAUGGAAUUACCAAGUCUGCUCAGAUAGGUUUUGGCUCUUUUGUGGACAAGACUGUUCUUCCAUUCGUAAGCACACAUCCAGAGCAACUGAGGCACCCUUGCCCGGAUAAAAGUGUACCUUGUCAGUCACCAUUCUCCUUCAAGCAUAUCCUCAGCCUCACGGGAGAUGGAAACAAGUUUAUUGAGGAAGUUGGAAAGCAGUUAAUAUCUGGAAACUUGGAUUCCCCGGAAGGUGGACUGGAUGCCAUGAUGCAAGUGGCAGUUUGUAGGGACAAGAUUGGAUGGAGGAAUGUCACAAGACUUUUGGUAUAUGCUACAGAUGAUGGGUUCCAUAUUGCUGGAGAUGGGAAACUUGCAGCUAUUCUGACGCCAAAUAGUGGAUUAUGUCAUCUGGAAGACAACAUAUACAAAAAAUCUAACGAGUUUGAUUACCCAUCCGUUGGGCAGCUUGCACAGAAGCUUUCACAAAAUAACAUCCAAGUUGUCUUUGCAGUCACAUCCAAUAUGGUUAAAACAUACCAGGAUCUCAGUAAUUUGAUUCCUAAAUCUGUGGUUGGGAGAUUGUCUAACGAUUCAAGUAAUGUUGUCCAGUUGAUCACAGAGGCCUAUCAGAACUUGUCAUCCGAGGUCAUUCUGGACCAUGGAAUUACUCCAGACUUUCUAGAUAUUCUAUAUGAUUCACACUGCUCCAAUGGUGUUAAUACUACAAAUGAUGUGAGAGGGGCUUGCAGCAAUGUGAAGAUCAAUGAAGAGAUAACAUUUAAAGUUAAAGUGACCGCGAGAAAGUGCCUUCCAGAUCAAAGUUUUACAAUUCGUCCCUUGGGAUUUACAGAUACUGUGAGAGUGAUAGUGACAACGGCCUGUGACUGUAUAUGUGAGGACGCCCCUGAUCCUGGGGCAUGUAGCGGUAAUGGAAAGACCGUUUGUGGGAUCUGCAGCUGCAAUAAUGGUCGCCUUGGCAAAAACUGUGAGUGUGCAGCAGGAAGUAAAACGAGCCAAGACCUGGAACAGAACUGUAGAAAAGACAACAGCACAGCGUUGUGCUCUGGAGCCGGGGAGUGCAUAUGUGGACAGUGUAUCUGUCACACAAAUGAUGACCCUGCCAAAAAAAUAUUCGGUGAAUACUGUCAGUGUGAUAACUGGAACUGUGCAAGUUUCAAUGGGAAGCUGUGUGCAGGACAAGGAGAGUGUAACUGUGGCGUCUGCAAUUGUUUUGAUGGCUUUGAUGGGACUGAAUGUCAGUGCAAAAAAUCUACAGAUAGGUGUACGGAUAAUGGGAGCAUAUGCAGUGGCCGGGGGAAUUGUAUAUGCAAUCAGUGUCAAUGCAAUGCAAGUGGUUAUAUAACACCAUUUUGCAAGACUUGUCCUGGAUGCCCUUCCCCAUGUCCACGUUUUGGGCCCUGUGUUGAGUGUUAUAUAAAGCAAGAAGGGCAGAAUCCUGAGAACUGCACGCGUAUUUGUUCUGGAGCCAGAGUCACACCAGUGGAGCAGGUGACAGACGAACCAUUCUGCAGGGAGAAAGAUUCGGACAACUGUUGGAUGCAGUAUUACAUAUCUGAACUGGAUGGCGUGAACAACUUCUUCAUAAAAUAUUCUCCAAAAAGAGAAUGCCCUGAAGGACCCAACAUUGUUGCCAUUGUAGGAGGUACUGUUGGAGGUGUCCUUCUAAUCGGACUGUUGAGUCUUUUAAUUUGGAAAUUAAUCACAUAUUUGCAAGACAAAAAAGAAUAUCAGCACUUCGAGACAGAAAGGCAGCAAGCCAAGUGGAACAAGAGUGAAAAUCCCAUAUUUACAACUGCCACCACCACCGUAAAAAAUCCGAACUUUGAUGGAGAAUGAUUCUGUAUCGAAGAGCAACCACGAAAGAAUGAUUUAUUACCUGUCUAUUUCAAAGAUGUAUAUAUGUAUUUUUUUUUUUGUAUAGUGCUUUUAUCAAGUGAAUGUCCACCUUUUAACACCUUAUUGCUUUUAACUUCAAUGUUAUAUGCUGAUUUAUACACCUCUAUAGAUGUUUAAUAUGCAUUUUCUUUUACAAAGGUCUCCUUCGCCUACAUAGAUAAUAAAGUUAAAGAGCACCUGUCAGCAGGACCAACCCUAUUAAAGCAGACACACUGCUUGUAAGGGUGGAUCCUUCUGAAUAAAAUGAUGCCUGUUUUGUGAAAAUCAAUUGUGGCAUUCCCAAGGAUAAAAGCCUUGUAUCCCUUAUGCAAAUGAGAGCUCUUGUGCAUUGAGGGGUGGAGUCUAGUCCCUCGCUGUAGCGCAGUUUUCCGGUGCUAGCCUUCGGUGCACUGAGGCCAUCAUUUGCAUGAAGAAUAAAAGCAUUAUUUUUACUUGGUAUUGCUGCAACCGAUUUUCACAAGAUAGAUUUUAAUCAACAGGAUCAAGCAUACCAGGCAGUAUGGCUAGUUUAAUAGGGUUGAGUCUGCUUUUUGAAUUGCAAAAAAUAUUAGAUGGCCCUUCGGCUGACACUAGAGGGCCCUAACUGGUGCUGCCUGAAGCGAUCACCUCACCUGGCCUCAUUGGUGGUGCACCCCUGGUAGUGAGAGUGGAAUGGAGCAGCAGAAAUGCAUGAUCAGGCAUGGGAUGUCUUAAUGGGACAACCCCUUUAAGACUCCUUUAAGAAGAGGACCCUAUGGAGAUAUGGAAUAUUCUGCAUAGUGACACCUAAAUGUGACGCAUUAAAAGUGUUCUUAUGGGGAUAUCAGGGUGGUGUGGUUCAAAAACAAAAUCAUUUGUGUUAUACAUUGAAACCUAAAUGAGAUGACCACCCAAAAUUGCAGAGAUGGGAGAAUUGAAAAUCCAUUGAAGGAAAACCUAGUCUACAUAGGGAGUGGUCUUGUUUGUUUCACUGUACAGGUGAAACUCGAAAAAUUAGAAUAUAGUGCAAAGUUCAUUUAUUUAGGUAAUGCACCUUAAAAGGUGAAAUUAACAUAUGAGAUAGACUCAUUACAGGCAAAGCGAGAUAUUUCAAGCCUUUAUUUGUUAUAAUUUGGAU